AUGCUCCGGUUGUACCAUAGCAGCAAAAGCUUCUGUGAAAUCAACACUCUCUUCCUGGCCAAUUCCGACGGAACCGUGGACUCGUCUACAUUUGGAUUACGCUGGUCCUGUCCGAGCACAACCGCCUUAACAACGGUAGCGAAAGUUCGUGAAUGUAUUUCCCGUUUCGAUUGUCCACAUUCUAUCGUCACUGACAACGGUACCCAGUUCACAUCCGAACUUUUCGCCAAGAUGUGUCAAGAAUAUGGAAUCGAGCACGUGAGAACUCCAGCUUUUCAUCCUCAGUCCAAUGGUCAAGCAGAGCGUUUCGUCGACACACUCAAACGAGCUCUCCUCAAGAUGGGGGAGAAAAAUCCAGAUGAAGCGCUGCUGACUUUCCUCGAAACCUACAGGUACACUCCGAACGCAUCACUUCCACAAAACAAAUCUCCUGCUGAAGCUCUCCUGGGUCGGAAAAUCCGCACCAAAUUCGAUUAG